CGCGUCAAUAGACUUCCUGAAAACGCUCGUGCCUCCCCUACAGCUCAGGAAAGCUGGACAACUCGCCAUGUAGGGGGGACAAAAACCCAGGGCACCUUUCGCAUCGGAUAAAGAGGUUUACCAUGACUUGAGACCCUGUUCCAGCGCUCCUCUUUCUCUAUUCUGUAUUUUAUUUAUUUUUCCUUUUGAGGACUAUCUUGCAGGGAUUGAAGAACAGAGUUCAAUGUUCAUGGAUAUCAUAUCCUGGAUUUUCUGGCACUUUUUUAUUGGGUGAGCUAUAACACAUGAGUUUCCAGCACUACUACAAUCUCUAACACUGCUUUGGACCAAAACCAGAAGUGACAUCCCUGUUCAUCUCUAUCACUUCCUACACCUUGUUGUUUUUGGAGAGGAACUGUAUUUUUAGUCAACCACAACGAUAAGGUUACAUUUUGAUUAUUCUCAAACACUAUCCUCGGCCGGGCCGUUACCUCUGUUCUCUUUGUACUUUGAUUGUCACUGAACCUUUUCGUAGCAUUCAUAAGGGUUAUUAUAACCUUAGUGUGCAUUAAUUUUUAGUCAUUUAUAAGUUCCACGUUCUGUGACCUUAAGACAAUGCAUUGUUAAUUGAACUUGUGCUUCCUGUUUUAUUUAAUCAAUUUAUAAGAAUGGAAAAUUGUUCAGUUUAGUAAUUUUGUUGUAACUAUUUAUGUAGAUGAUAAUCACACAAUUCCGUUGAACCUUGACAAAACUUAAGCCUAAAAUUUUGCCAGUGCAAGUCAGACAAAGAGAGAAAAGCAAAUAAUCUGGCUUCUUUGUGCGUUUUCAUUUUUAAAACAAAACUAUGAUUUUUUUUUUGUUGGGACACUAGCAAUACUAAACUGGAAAUCUCGUUUGUGUAUUGUUUUUUGAUCAAAUGAUCAUAAGAGGAUUUAUCAGUGUUUCCAGGCAAAAUACACUGAUGGAAAAGAUUUAACACUAUCAGGGAUAGAAAAACCUGCUGACUUUUUUUGUGUGUUUUAAAAAGACACCUGUUGAAGCACUGUCAUCAUUUGUAACUUGUUUAACCUCAAGUUUACUCAAAAGCCCAUGAUUUGGGCUUAAAAAAAGACAUUUUACCGUCCAGAAAGUCAUCUCUACAAAUUAGAAGAAAGACCUCUUCAUGAGGCAUUCAAGCUGUAUUGUCCAAAUAUACUCUCUCCAUCCCAGUGGCACUACCUUUUGAGCCCAGACACUGAACAUGCGCUCCCCAGGCCCAGAGAGCCCAUCUAUGACUGAGGAGGCCCUGCUGCAUGGACAAUUUGGUGGUUGGAGCAGCGGAGGAGGAAGUGGAAGUAACAGCAACAGCUGCCCCAACAGCCCUGGAGGUGUUUCUUUACCUUCCAGCCCUGCCUCCACCAACUAUGCCCUGACACUCACGCCAGCUCACAUCCAUGUCCAGCGCUUGUCUCCACGUGCGGGAAAGCAGUCCAGACUGAUCUUGCCGCUGGCGGAACUGACUGGAUGCAGCUGCCCACGCUCGCCUGCCCCUCCUUUGCUGGUGCUAUACUGGUAUCCUCCGGGUCGUCGCCGCAAAGGUGUCUCCAGACAUAGACAGGUGAGGGCAUACUUGGCGGAGAGCAGAGUUGAGGCGGAGAAAUGGAACGCUGCUAUACAGAGCCUGCUGAGGGGAAUGGAUGUCAACUCCACCACAGAAUUUUGCAAAAGCAUGUUGCCCCGUCCCCGUCGACUGUUGCUGCUGGUUAAUCCAUUCAGUGGACGGGGUCAGGCAAUGCAGUGGUGUCAAACGCACAUACUUCCAAUGAUAAGAGAAGCCAACAUCAGCUACAACCUCAUACAGACGGAGCGUCAGAAUCAUGCACGUGAGCUAAUCAGAGAGAUCUCUCUACAAGAAUGGGACGGAAUUGUUAUUGUUUCUGGAGAUGGACUCUUGCAUGAGGUGAUAAAUGGCCUUAUGGAAAGGCCCGACUGGGAACAAGCAAUAAAAACCCCUGUGGGAAUCCUACCUUGUGGCUCUGGAAAUGCACUUGCUGGUUCCAUCAACCACUAUGCAGGAUAUGACAUGUGCCUUCGGGAGCCUCUCCUCCUCAACUGCUGUUUUCUGCUGUGUCGGGGUGGGGUUAAACCGAUGGACUUGGUGUCUGUUACAACCAGCCCAUGCACUUCGUCCUCCACAACCAAUCAGAAUGGGCACCCACCUGCUCCCAGAAGGCUUUUCUCUUUCCUUUCUGUAGCCUGGGGUUUUGUGUCUGAUGUGGACAUAGAGAGUGAGCGCUACAGAGGGCUGGGCUCAGCACGGUUUACACUGGGAACACUAGUGCGAUUGGCUUCUCUGCGCUCCUAUAAAGGCCGUCUUUCUUACCUGCCACCCGGUAUGGUCAACCCGUCCCCCGAUGCCACACCUCAGCCGCCCCGCAGGCCACUUUCACGCAGCAUUACCGAAGGUUUGGAGGGAUUUUGUCGCACUCCUAUUCACCGGACCUGCUCAGACAUGGGCCUGAGUGAACAAAGAAGUCUCCGUAAGGGUGAUGGGGAAAGAGAGAGAGAAAGAGAACGGGAGAGAGAAGAGAGAGAGCGGGAGAGGGAGAGGAGAAGAGAGAGGGCAAGAGGGGUUGGAGUAGUGAGAGCUAGCAGUCUCGCUGAAGACAGAGAGAGAGAGGUGGAAGCAGAAGAGAAGAUGGAGGAGACAUCAGGGACCAGCUCGGAAUCCACUGAAAGGGAAGAGUGUGACAACACAGCCAGUAAUAAUGGAAACAGAGAAGAAGAGAAUAAACCAGGUGGGGAUGAGAUCGAUGGAGAAGAAGUGACGAAAGUAAGAGAUGAUGCAAACGAAUGCACUGAGAGUUAUCAAACAACUCCACCUGAGAUGCAACGCACACUACGUAAAAACUCUGCUCCUUCUAGCCAGAUAAUUAACGCCUUUUUCAGCCAGCCAAUUGGUGCAGAAUCUGACCAAGACUUGGAGGUGGCAGCCUACGGCAAGGAGGACGAAGACAUAAAUGGCACCUACUUUCAGAGAGAGGCAUUUCCAGUUGACAAGUCUCGUGAGCGAGCCCUCACCAUCUCAUCUUCACCGUUCCGUCAGUCUCCUUUCAAAGCUUUCAAACCUAAAACUUUAGACCAGAACCAGAACCCCUCACGGCCACGGCCCCUCUCUCUUCUUCACCAAUCACAUUCAAACUCUCUCCCUCCAAAAUUUCCCUCCCUUUCUCUCUCCCUUUCACCAACCCCUCCUUCAUCUCCAUCUUGCGCCUCUCCCCAUUCUUCUUAUCUCGCGCCACGUCCCAACACUCCCAGCUCGUCUUCCCCAUCGCCUUCUUUUCAUUCACCGACCCCUUCCUUCAACUUUGACCUUGCAGAGCCCGCAGGACCCCUGAAGAACCGCCCUUUCAUGACAUCCUCCAUCAACCUGCCAGAGGAUGAUCUGCUACCUCCUCUUGACCAGCCUCUACCUACACGCGACUGGGUCACUAUUGAGGGCGAUUUUGUCUUGGUGCUUGCCAUUUACCAGAGCCACCUGGGAGCAGAUCUUCUCGCUGCACCUCAGGCUCGAUUUGACGAUGGGCUGAUCCAUCUGACAUUUGUGCGGGCUGGUAUCUCCCGGGCUACGCUGCUUAGAUUGUUCCUAGCAAUGGAGAGAGGAGCCCAUUUGUCCGUUAGCUCUCCCUACGUUAGUCAUGUUUCAGCUCGGGCGCUCCGCCUUCAACCGCUUUCAUCACGAGGAACCCUCACUGUUGAUGGCGAGCUGGUUCCCUAUGGGCCUCUCCAGGCACAGGUUCAUCCCUCCAUGGCUCGUUUGAUUGUUGGGGACUCUGGAAUAAAGAUUACAAGAUUCUGACCUGUUUGGAUUUGAACGGGCAGGGAUUAGCGUGACGCUGUGGAUUAUAUAACAUUUUGCCAUCCGCAUAUUGGGAGGGGGGGAGAAACAGAAAGCCAGCAGUUGCAAUCACUGCUUUUACUGGGAUUAACUGAGGGAUUGCUUAUUCAAGCUGCAUAUGCAAGGAGUGUUUUUGAAUUUUACGAAGGGAUGAAAACUUGCGGCCUAUUGCACGACUGUAGGAUUACACUUGGAUUACCCUCACUGUAGUCGGUGAGAGAAUGCAGAAAUGCCUACAUAAAAGAAGAAACGGCAAAACUGAAUGUGUCCAACUGGUGCAUACAUUUUAGUAUGCAUUUGUGCAUAGAUUCUCAACAGUGCUCCUGCCUUAUUUCAGAGAGUGGAAUAAAAUGACACAAACACUAACAAUAGCAAGCUUUUAGGUUACCACAUCCACAUAUUUUGCAUAAUAGGUACCCCUGGAAUGCCUUAUCCAUCUCUGAACUUAUUUGCAAUUUACAUACUCGCUUAGUAUCACACCUGCCCUGAAACCUCAUUUAGCAAUUGAUUAGUCUCCGUCCAAAUUUUUUUUUAUUGGGCUGAUCAGAAAUUUAAUCAGUUACGUCUUGCGUCCAGUUUUUGGUGGGUAUUUUUAGGACACAAACACUUUGUGGUUUGAGUGGAACGGUUAAACAUGGGCUGUAAUGGUGUAUAUUGCAUUGCUAGUUUGUGUAAGAAACGCAUGCGAUGAUCUUGAUGAUGAUGAUGAUGAUAUUUGGUAACUAGCUAUAUGCAUUGCAGUGAACACAGAAAGCUAGAAAAACUUCCAGUUUAGCAUUUUUCUUCCCCCCCAGUAAUAUUGUAUCACUGUUUUCUGUGGCAUAAUGCAAACUUGUAUAACAGUUGCCCCUUUUUUAUUCCUAAUGAAUGAAGAAAGAACGGAAAGUUAUGGAUCAACUGGUAACGCACCUUCAACUCCUUUUCCUGAAAGAUUGUUAAAUGUUAGGCAAUUACUAUUUGAUAGUGAUCAGUAACUUGAUAACUUUUUAGUCUAUUUAUCUCACAAACCAUUUGUAAAACUGAUCCACUAGAAUAAAAUGUAUUUUUCAGCUCUUUAUGAGAACGGUCCUGUGCAAAGUCCAGCUGCGGAACUGAUCAUGAUUGUAACAGAGCCUUUCCAGUGCUUUUAAUUUGACCUAAAUAUUUAUUAGAAAAACGCCUGUUUACAUUUUUUCUGUCCUUUUUCAUUUUCCAGAGGACCACAGUUUGACAAACGCGGACUCUUUUUGCUCAAAUAACAGUGAUUUAGCAAAUAAUAUUUAAUUCCAAUAAUUCCUCGACUGGUAUUUCCGAACAGCUGUUUAGUUCUGUAUAGUGCAAUCAUUCUGUUGAUCAUCACCGCCGUCCUCCGCUCUUAAGUGUCGGCUGAUAUGUAGGUCUAGUUGUUUUUGUUUGCGAGUCUGGCACUCAAUAUGAUUUCCAGCUGCAAUCAGAUGGCCAGUUAUUUGUUUUUUUUUUGUUUUGUUUUCCAUUCCCUUUAUUUCCUUCCUUCUUUUGUUGUACCAUGCUUUAGAGUGAUCUAAUAAAUUUGGUAUCGAGCUGUUGUCCACCUUGAAAAUGCCAGUUUAAGAUGUCUCUUCAUUCUCCGAUGCUUGUAUUAAGAUUGUAAUUACUAUUAAAAGAAUAUUAUAUUAAACGUAUAUACGUAUUAUUUACAGUUCCUAGUUCUGUAUGAUUGAAAAGUUUUCUUUCAGAUAAAAUUUUACUAUGAAACCUUG